AUGAUUUCCAAAAAUGAUGAUAAUUUCACAGAUAAUAUAUAAUCUGAAAGAAAAUACUAUGAGAGCGAAGAGGACAUCCAACCACUAAAAGUAUUACAUUUCAAAUUAUACUAAAAGGUAGGAGAUAUCAUUUAGAAUCGCUUUUUAAUUAGUCAACAAAUAGGAGAAGGCUCAUUUGGGAGUGUUUUCAAAGUACUUGAUAGAAAUAAUAAUAACGCUACUUGGGCUAUGAAGGUAGAAAUAGAUGAGGACGAUGAAAACAGUUUAUUAGAAAGAGAAAUCAAAGUUCUCAUUGAAUUAAGGUAAAAUUACAUGAUUCAAAUUUAGAAAAUAAUAAGGUUUUCCAUAAAUUAAAUUCUACGGAUAAGAAAGAGGAUACACUUACUGCAUCAUGACAUUGUUGGGAAAAAACUUAGAACAGAUCUUUAGGAAGUUGGGGUGUGUCAUGAAUUAAACCACUGUCCUAAGAUUAGCCAUUUAAGUAUUCACUAUAAGAUGAUAUUAGCCUAACAGAUGAUUGAUAGAAUUUCAGUUAUGCAUGAUAAUAGAUUUCUCCAUCGAGACAUCAAACCUGAUAAUUUUGUUAUUGAAUCCGGGCCAAAUGCAAAGAUACUGUAUUUAAUUGAUUUUGGUCUCUCCAAACAUUAUAUCGUAUCAUAAUAUACUCAUAAUUUCUAGAAUAGUAAAGGAGAACACAUCUCGUAUGUUAAAAAGGCAGGCCUUAUAGGAACUGCGAGAUAUGCAUCAAUAAGUGCUCAUGAAGAAAUGGAACAAGGAAGAAAAGAUGAUCUUGAAAGCAUUGGCUAUGUUUUGAUAUAUUUGGCAACAGGAAAUCUGCCUUGGAUGAAUUUGUAAAUUGAUUCUAAGGAUGCCAAAUACACUAAAAUAUAUUAAAUUAAAAAAGAAACCAAGACUGAAGAUCUUUGUUCUAAUUUACCUAAAGUAACAUCAUUUCAUAUAUAUUAUUAGUGUUUCUAUUUCUACAUGAAUGAUGUGAAAUCUUUAGAAUUCCAGGAAACUCCAAAUUACGAUAAAUUGAAAUCAUAUUUUGAGAAAGAAAUUGAGAUCCUUAAUAAAUAAACAUCCAUGAAUGCCUCUUAAUUUACAUAUGAUUGGGAAAGAUUACCUGAAUACAGCAAACAAAAGAAGCAUCAGACAGUCCAUGUCAUGCAAGUAAAUUCUUAUUAAUCUAGAAUCAAGAAAAACGGUAAUAAGUAGAAAUUGCAUUCAAUCCUCAUAAACUAAAUCAAGUAAAUAAAUAAAAUCAGUUCAUCAAUUAAUAAACAAAGGAUUCCCAAUAAAAGUCAACGCAAAAUCAAUAACUUACAUUUGAGUAAAUAAUGAAUGAAAAAAGAAAGGGCACUAAAAAGACUGUCUACAGUCCCACUGGUAAAAGCAAAAAACCUCCUCUCUUGAUUAACAUAGUAGAAAAUACUGAUUUAAAUAAACAAAAUGUGUUAUCCCCAAUCAAACCUGAUGACAGCAGACUUUUCAGAAUGCAAAAUCAUUCUUCCACCUUACUUCAAAUUCCUCAACUUAACUCAUCAUAUUAACUAGAUUCUUAUAUUUCACCUUCUGUAGCAACUUCAAGAUUAAACAAUUAUUUUGAAAGUGAAGGUGUUGUUAGUGAAGGUGGAGGAUUGCCAAUAUGGGAUUUAUGUGAUGGAUCAAAACCAGAAUUCUAAAAAGUAACUGGGAUUUUGGAAGGUAUAAAGAAACCUAGUUUAAUUAUUUUGAGGAAGGAACGAAAAGCACAUACAUGUAUAUUAUAUCACUAAUCAAAUUAGAAGUAGACACUGUUAAAUUGAUGCAAGAACUAUUUGUUCCCCCAAUUAAAUUAAUUGGAGAUUAGGAAUCAAAUGUUGAAGGAUUAGAAUGA